CACGUCCGGCGGAGUUAGAGCCCUUGCGGAGGCGGUGGGGAGCGCUUCGGCUCUGAGCUACUGAGCAACCGGAGUGUCCUGCGAGGCUGCGGCGAAGCCUCCGUGAAGAAGGCACGAGAACUUGGCAGCUUCGAUUGAAGCCCAGCGAGCGGCGACGUCCUACCAGGAGUCAUGAGCGACAGCGGCGAGCAGAAUUACGGCGAGCGGGUUAAUGUUGAAGAAGGAAAAUGCGGAAGUCGUCAUAUGACAAGUUUUAUAAAUGAGUAUUUGAAGCUCAGGAAUAAGUGAAGCUGAAAUUUGAAAAAAUAAAAGAAAGAAUGCAUGCUAAUUAUCAGACCAGAAGUCCCACUUAUAGAAUAUUGAGCAAUUUGUGUGAAGUGGGGAAGAUGAAAGAAGUCAGAAUUUGAAACGGAAGAAUGAAGAAAAGAAAUAAAAAUGAAGUUAAGAUAAGAAGUAAUCUGGAAUCAGAAAGCACUACGCUAAGUAAUUACUAGUCUGUUUAUGUGUCCCUGUAUAUUUUGCUAAACAUGCAUGCAUUAUUUGUUUAAUAGAAGAAAAUAUAUACAGGGUAAAGAAGUGCCUUCCGAGGGAAACGUUUAAAUUAGGAAUCCCGUUCUGCUUCCAGAAGUGGAAGUGCUCACGGAUCGGGGAAAUCUGCAAGGCAUACCCCUGCAAGGUCUCGCUCCAAGGAAGAUUCCAGACGUUCCAGAUCCAAGUCCAGGUCCAGAUCUGAAUCUAGGUCUAGAUCCAGAAGAAGUUCUCGAAGGCAUUACACAAGGUCGCGGUCUCGAUCUCGCUCUCAUAGACGUUCCCGUAGCAGAUCGUACAGUCGAGACUAUCGCAGACGUCACAGCCAUAGCCAUUCUCCCAUGUCUACUCGAAGGCGUCAUGUUGGAAAUCGGGCAAAUCCUGAUCCAAACUGUUGCCUUGGAGUGUUUGGAUUGAGCUUGUACACCACAGAAAGAGAUUUAAGAGAAGUGUUCUCUAAAUAUGGCCCAAUUGCCGAUGUGUCUAUUGUAUAUGACCAGCAGUCUAGGCGUUCAAGAGGAUUUGCCUUUGUAUAUUUUGAAAAUGUAGAUGAUGCCAAGGAAGCUAAAGAGCGUGCCAAUGGAAUGGAACUUGAUGGGCGUAGGAUCAGAGUUGAUUUCUCUAUAACAAAAAGACCACAUACCCCAACACCAGGAAUUUACAUGGGGAGACCUACCUAUGGCAGUUCACGCCGUCGUGACUAUUAUGACAGAGGAUAUGACCGUGGCUAUGAUGAUCGGGACUACUACAGCAGAUCAUAUAGAGGAGGUGGUGGAGGAGGUGGUGGAUGGAGAGCUGCUCAAGACAGGGAUCAGAUUUACAGAAGACGGUCACCUUCUCCUUAUUACAGUCGUGGAGGAUACAGGUCACGCUCUAGAUCUCGAUCCUAUUCACCUCGUCGCUAUUAAAGCAUGAAGAUGAAGACUUUUCAAACCUGCCAUAGAGCUGGGAUAUUGUUUGUGGACAAUAUUUUUAUUGUCUGUUUAAAAAGUGAACAGUGCCUAGUGAAGUUAGGUGACUUUUACACCUUUUAUGAUGACUACUUUUGGUGGAGUUGAAAUGCUGUUUUCAUUCUGCAUUUGUGUAGUUCGGUGCUUUGUUCAAAGUUAAGUGUUUUCAGAAAAGUAUGUUUUGCAUGUAUUUUUUUACAGUCUAAAUUUUGACUGCUGAGAAGUUUCUAUUGUACAAAACUUCAUUUAAAAGGUUUUUCUACUGAAUCCAGGGUAAGCUGAAGAUCGAAGCCUGUGUGUAAAAUGCUACCAAAUGGCAAAAAGCAACAAUAAACAGUUUGAUUUUUAUUUUUCUUUCUAACAUUUAUGCUUAGCAGAACUAUUCAGAUUUAAGUUACCAGUAAAUUCAAAGGCAAGAAUACCAGUUUUCCUCCAGUCCAUGAAACAUACCAUAUUUAAUAUACCUGCAACUAAGUGUUAAACAUAUGCUCUGUAACUCUGUACUGCUAGUAUUAGAACUAAGUUUUUCAAUACAGCAAAUGCUUAAUGCUUAUAUAAAUGUGGAUUUGUCAGCCUUUAUGUAAUCUGUAUUAUGUAUAGCAAGGAAUAAGAAGAGUUACACAUUGUAUAUGCCUUAGGGCUCUAUCUUAAAGCUGUUAAAAGGGGAUAAUGGUGUUUCAACUAGUUACUCAGCAAAUGACAGUACAUUCCACCACAAAUGUACUCUUGUCCGUUUAGCUUUUAAACCAUUAAAAAAAAAAUGGGUGCUUCCAAGUACAGGAUAAGAGAAGGGAACACUAUAUCUGUGUCAUGGAUGAUCUGAAGACUGCCUGUUCAUUUUUUAAAUAUUAUUUUCAGGUCCUUUGCUUAUCAAAGGAGGCCCAGUUUCACUCAAAUGUUUUGAGAACUGUGUUAAAUAAAUGAAAACGAAGAGAAAAACUGCUGGUGCAA